AUGGCUCCUUCAACCUCAGAACUCGAACUGGCUGAUGAUGACUCGCCAUUCAAGUCAUUUAUCAGAAUAAAUGCUACAGAUUUGAAACCAGACCCAAGCAGUAGUGCCGUUGCCAGCUCUGAUGCAAACGAAAAAGAAAAUUUGGAAGUAGGAAGUACUGAUAAAAGUACUGAAGUAGUUUAUAGCCGAGAGGAAAAGAAAGAAGAGAAUGUGGAAUUGCCUACUUCACCAACGGAGGACACAGAAGAAGAAAACACAGUAGAGGUAAUGGCCAGUCUUAUCUCCCAGGAAGCUACAGCUAUGGUGAAAGAUGAAAUUUUUCAGAAAAUCUUGUCUGAAAAAGAGAAGUUACCAACAGUAAGCAUGCUGGAUUUUGCUGGCCAGUUAGCAUAUUAUGCCUGUCACCAAAUUUACGUUACACCAAAGGCCUUCUUUAUCCUUGUGUUGGACAUGACUAAGAGAUUUGAAGAUGUUGUCAGUAAAGAGAAAGAUAACCAAGAAGGAUCAAUCUUCUCUGUGUGGACUUACAAAGACUACCUGAAGUUCUGGAUUACCUCAAUCAAGACAUUUGGAGGCAAAAAGGCACCACUGUUUCUUGCUGUCACACACACGGAGAAAAAAUCUAAAGAUGUAAGUAUUCUGGCUUAUAGAAAUGUGAAUUUUAAAGGAAUAAACAGAUCUCCAACCUAUCGUGAGAAUGCACAAUUAAAGCCAUACUUUAGAAAUACAAACACAAGAAAAUUUUUUAGCCUAUAAGGUU